AAUCAAAUAAUCUAUCGAGAUUUGAAAUUAGAAAAUGUUCUUGUAGAGAUGGAUGGUCACAUUAAGUUAGCAGAUUUUGGUUUAAGCAAAGACGCUAUCGAUGAGAGAGAAACUACAAGAACUUUCUGUGGUACUCCACUUUAUAUGGCACCAGAAGUUAUAAGUUAUGAACCAUAUAACAACACUGUGGAUUGGUGGUCUUAUGGUGUUUUAUUAUACGAAAUGCUCUCUGGCCAAUCUCCAUUUGAUGGUGAUGAUGAUACUAUUAUUUUCAAGAACAUUAAAGAGAAAAAAGCGAUCUUCCCGAAACACUUCUCGCAAGAAGCAAUGGAUAUUAUUACGAGUUUCUUAGCUAAAAAGUCUAACAAUCGUUUGGGAGGCGGACGAUAUGCCCGCUCCGAAAUAGAAACUCAUCCGUUCUUUGCUCCAAUUGAUUGGGAACAAGCAGCGAAUAAGGACAUGGAACCACCAAUAAUACCUAUAGUUAAACAUCGUAAGGAUUUGCGUCAUUUUGAUAAAUCUUUCACCGUUGAAAAGCCUGAACUAACACCAACCGAUAAAUUAUUUAUGAUGAAUUUGGAUCAAAAUGAUUUUAUUGGAUUUUCGUAUAUGAAUCCUGAAUUUAUAACAAUCAUUUAAAAAUAACUUAGAAACUCGAAAUUGUACUAGAUUUAUCGUUAAUCGAAUUUAAAUAAAUAAAUUUAAUCAAUAAUAAAUUAAC